AUGUUCUGGUCAACAGUGAAAAGUGAGUCCUUAGUAACAUACAAGAAAGAUCAAGGCCAAAGAUCUAUUUUCUCUCCUCCAUCUCCCUCUCCCUUAUCUGUACUACCUGCAACUCCACCGCCCUAUCAUUUUCAUAAUUCUCCAAGCAGAGCAAGACCCAACCCUAAUACUUUCAAAGUACAUUUCCCAUAUCCCUUACAACUACAGCAGGCAUUUACAGAUCAAACCCAUGGUAUGUUAGAAAGAUUUUCGCACUUGUGCAUUUGGACGUCUUUAAUUUACAUCGUUUAAAUAAUAAUAAAACAAUCAGUUUACAUAAUAUGAAAAAUCAUCAAGCCCUCAGCAUUCAGCCUCGACAGAUAACACGAAAAUCGGCCUUGAAAAUUCUUCAUAUCAUGUGAAAACAAAAUUCUAUAUAUUGUCAAUAAGUAAAUAAUGUGGUGGUAUCUAAUGCAAUUAGUAUAAUAUUAUUAGUACACGGAAUUCCCCGUAGUGUGGAAGAGCAGCAGACAGAAGCCAUAGGAAUAUUGUCUGUCGCCGUUGAAAGCUCACUAAAAAGACUAAGAAGACAAUUAGGUAUGUAUAUAUUAAGAUAUGCACGAGAAGACAAAUGGGCUAAACACGAACUAAUAAUAUAUUGACAGUUCGAGUAAGAGGUCAUAAGUCCCAUCAGAAUCGGUUAUGUGAUUAUUAAUAGAAAUAUUAUACCUCAAAUUCAAAUUGUCCAAUGAAAAAACUUCAUUUGUACCACGUGACAAUGUGAUUUUUUACGGUAUUUCACUCAAAUUAAUGGUUUCGCAAUGCAGCGUGAGAUACUAUAAUAUCCCACGGUGGAUCCACCGUGGGAUAUUAUGGCAUCCCGAUCACGCUCACGCGUGACGCGUGGACACCACGCUCUGAAACAAUAUGGCGUUCGCGAGCUGUUGUUUGUAAUUUCGUACAGAAGAUUUAUUGAUUUGACCAAAGAUUUUCAAGACGUAUGUUACCUUCAAUGAUCCAAAGAAUACAUGCUCAAAUAUUUUAAAGAGAAAAUUACGUCAAAAACACAGGAAUACAUAAGAAAUAAAAAAUUGUAUUCGCUUUAUAGUUUUAAAGUUUAUUCUGAAAGUAGUGGGUUCCUCAACUUUCGGUAUAAUAUAUCAUUUAUAGACCCUCCGCUCGGGGGAUUCGUCGAAACAUUACCCUCAGUGAUGAUAUAUCCCUCGGGACAAAGCCCCUCGGGAAAUAUCAUCACUUCGAUCGGGUAAUAUUCCGCAAAAACCCCCUCGCUCCGGGUCUAUAAAUGAUAAAUAUAUUAUUUUAUUAUAAGUAAAAUCACGAAUUCAAAAAUUAUCAUUGAAAUCACAAAUUCAAAUUUUUUUUACUUUCAUAUUUUAUUAUGAGGUGAUCUACUACUACAAAUUUGUCCGCACACUUUCGUAAAAUAUCUCAUUCCAUAAAUUUAAGCGCGUAGCUUUCGAAGGGGACAGAAUACGUAAGAAGUGGCAUCCUCCGCGACGCGGAUGUAGUGGCCCGGGAGACAGUGUCAGCUAGGGCAGUGUAGUGUAAGCUAGCGGAUAAUGUCCGGGGAGACACAAUCCACCAGCAGAGGCACUCUUUCGAGGGGACAGCAUUCGCUGUGAACAUCGUUGCACGUGUUGCCACUCCUCUUGCGCCAACAAUGCGAUCAAAUUUGAUCCAUUAGAUUGCCCGCAUGAGAAAUUAUCUCCCGUGUAACCUAUAGGCUUCAAGGAUAAUCCAGCUUGAAUAUUUUAUAUUAUUGGACUGUUCCAGAACUUGAUCUCACUUGUGAUUGGAUGAAUGGCAAGUGGGUGCAGGAUACAACUAUAGUAUACCGUGAAGGUGCUCUAUCUGGAUAUCGUCAUUGUUUAGUAGAUGAUAGACAAAAUUGCAAACGUAACAGGAAUGACUCUCCUUAUCUCGGUUACCGAUGGGCUUUGAUUGACAAGAGCUGCGAGGCCAAAAGGAUACGAUUCACAAGGAAACAUUUUUUGACUAUAGUAAGCAAUAAAAAGAUCGCGUUCGUUGGAGAUUCUCUAACAAGGAAUAUGUUUCAGUCACUGGCAUGUCUGCUUUACGUACCCUAUGACAAAAAGGAAAUGGUCGAGGAACACAUGUACAAAUACAGGUAUAUUAGCAUUUGUUUAUUUUUUUUAUGAUGAUGAUAUGUGCACAAACUGUUGGUACAAGUUCCGGCCAUGCAAUUAUAUCUAUACGGCUGUUGGUUCUGCUGACACAGCAAGGAUAGAUUAUAAAGUGAGAUUGCUUCUGCAUGGUUCUUUGCAAUCAUUAACGUCAUUGAAAGAAUCGAAAAAAAGCUUUGGCAAUCUGUCACUUGUGAGCAGGGUCUAUGAUUCACUGAGACUGGCAAACAAUUUGAACCACAUGCUUGUACAAAUGAUGAACCCAGCUAAAUGCCAUUGAAUCCAUUAAAUGAGUAUUUCUAUGAAUGCUUACUUUUUGUUAAACUAUCCUAACUAAGGUGCCGAUUUGCAGUAGGGAGAUUCAUCCAUGAUACAGCUGCCCACGCUGUAAAACUAUCAAACAGAAAAAUACUCUGACCUGGUCACAUUAUUGAACAUAUACGUCUUUGCGACCAGGUAUAGUUUCAAAGAGAGCUUUAGAUUUGGAUACUACAGUAUUUACAACAGUGUACGAAUCGAUUACAAAAUUCUUCAUGGAUGCACUUGCACGCCAGUCACACCAUAAUUCGCAUUGUUCAAAAUAAUGCAAAGUAUAUGGCGUGCAAGAGCGUGAUGGAUUUAAACUUCUUGUACGUGUCGUUGUGGUACAGAGUAACAUAAUCUAAAGCUUUCUAUAGGUAAGUGUAAGGUAUGUGUAAGGUAUGUCAAUUUCAAUGUUAGUACUGUUUUGGUUCAGGUAUCCCGAUUUUAAUGUCACUAUUGAAUUCAUAAACUCAAACUACUUGGUGAAGCAGACAAAAUCGGAUUGCGACAGUGAUACAACAGUAAAGCUAGCAACAGUGCCCUGCCUUGAUAUACAGACUGUUGACCCAACCUGGGCCACUCGUGCAGGUGAAUUUGACAUUUUAAUGUUAGCUACAGGAGGAUGGUGGGAGCAUGAUUUGCAAAUGAGACAGGCAAGUUCUGGCGAUGAUAGCUCAUUCAUAAAAUCACAAAAUGCCAUACGCACAGCUCUUAUGACAGUGAUGGAUUAUUUGGGACAGCCUGAGUUUCAUGGGAAACGCCUGUAUUGGAGAUGUGCAGAGGUAUAAAUUGCUGAACAUAACAUAUUUCAGUUCCCUUGUGUAUAGUAUUUCGCAUGAGAUACUAAACAAAAUAAAACUCCGGUCUAAUACUUUGAGAUCAGUGCAUCUGGCUCAAAACGUAGAAUACAUACAUAUGCAAAAUUUCAGCCUGUAAACCAGCCUUAUAUAAGCAAAUUAGCAAAGAAAAAUCUAUGUGUGAUAACGAUUAUGCAAGUCUGUUGAAUCGAAUAGUGGUAUUUAGGCCUUUUUGUAUAUGGUAAGAGCCCUACCAAAAAAUAAGCAUAAACUAUUAGGGACCAAAAAAUAAGCAACCAAACCAACCAAGUCUCAUAUUUGUUAUUUGGCUAUGUGGAGGGCAUGAAUGUAUGUAAUUUGAAAAUUCAUUCUAAAAUGACAGGUAUGCUAAUUGUUGGGAUUGAACUAAAUUGUAAAUUAAAGCUGUUCUAACUAGUCGUACUUUUGAUUAUUUAGGUAAGCCAUUUCUUUGGAGGUGAAUGGAAUACAGGUGGACAAUGCAAACGCUCUGCUCCAAGUAAUCAUUCGUUAUACAAUCCUGUUUCAUUGUUUAUUGAACAAGCAGUCAUAGAUUCAAUCUCGAGUACUUCAUCCAACAUUAAGUUAUUUGAUAUAACCAAAAUGAGCAGCUACCGUCAAGAUGCGCACCCAUCAAGUCAGACUAAAACCACUGCACCUACUGACUGCAAGCAUUGGUGCUUGCCUGGCGUUCCAGACCAUUGGAAUGAAAUUUGGUUAAACAUAUUAAAUAACGAUUUUUAA